UGACGGCUACAGCACAGAGCUGGAAAAACCAAGAAUAAAAGCUCAGAUACCCAGUUGCAGAAAGCUCAUCAGAUCCCCCGGCAAAGAAACAGGAGAAUUUUAAAUUGCUCAUCUUGAUUUCUGAAGAAUCAGAAUAAUGGGCACAGAGGAAGCCAUUGCUAUAGUUAUAGCUGUUGCAGCAAUACUAGUGAUUGCAAAACUGUUGAGAAACAGAAACAGAAAUCUUUUGCCCCCUCAGCCACCAUCAUGGCCCAUAACAGGGCAUCUCCAUUUGCUCAAGAAAAAGCAGCCCCUUCAUCGUACUCUGUUUUCUGUUGCAGGGCGCUAUGGACCCAUCACCUAUCUCCAGCUUGGCUUCCGCCCAGCUAUAGUAGUUUCCUCUUCCAAGCUCGCAAAAGAGUGUCUUACAGCAAAAGAUAAGAUCUUUGCCUCACGGCCCAGCAUUUUAGCAUCAAGGCUCAUGGGGUAUGACUUCAAGGUCCUCCCAUGGCUUCCAUACGGUCCAUACUGGCGUGACCUUCGCAAAAUCUGCACUCUGCAACUCUUGUCUGCUCACAGAAUCCAGUCCCUAAAGCAUGUCCGAAUGGAAGAAGUUUCUGCUUUGGUUUCCUCGCUGUUUCAGGCUUCCCAGCUUCAGGGCGCCUCUGGAGACAUGAAAGCCCGGCUUUUUCAGUUGACAUUCAAUAUAAUAUUGCGUAUGGUUGCCAGCAAAAGCAUCAGGGGACCUCCUGGUUCGGGGGAUUCAGAGGAUAUGUUGAAGUUUAAGGAUUUGAUUGAAGAGACUUUCUUGCUUGUUGGGUCGUUUAGUUUGGGAGAUUAUCUGCCGUUUCUCCAGUUGUUUGAUGGGGGUAUCAGAGGGGCUAUGAUGAAUGCGCAGAAGAAAAGAGAUGAUUAUAUGCAGAGGUUGGUGAAUGAUCAUCGCCAGACGCGGAGGGCCCAUGAGGAUUUGAUUGAUGUGCUCAUUGCUACCACAGACAAGGAUGAUACUCUCUCCAAGGAUAAGGACACUGUGGUCAAGGCCUCUGCUAUUGCCAUGAUAACAGCAGGUACCGACACAUCCGCAACGACCAUUGAAUGGGCACUAUCAGCUCUAUUGCAGCAUCCACACAUUUUGAGCAAAGUCCAAGAAGAGCUAGACACACAUAUUGGACGAGAUCGAUUAAUAGAUGAAUCAGACCUACCCAAGCUAACAUAUUUGCAAGCAAUUAUAAAGGAAACAUUUAGGCUUUAUCCAGCAGCGCCACUUAUGAUUCCCCAUGAAUCUAUGGAGGCAUGCAAUGUAGGAGGGUUUGAUGUCCCCACAGGAACACGACUAUUGGUGAAUGUUUGGGCAAUUCAUAGGGACCCUGCAGUGUGGGAGCGACCCACAGAGUUCGAUCCUGGACGGUUUUUGAAGAGCCAGACAGAAAUUGAUGUAAAAGGGCAACACUUUGAAUUGCUUCCAUUUGGGUCAGGGAGGAGAAUGUGUCCAGGAUUGAAUCUUGGAUUGACUGUGGUUUCCUAUGCAUUGGCACGCUUGCUUCAUAGCUUUGAGUGGAGUGUUCCACCAGGCACUACAAUUGACAUGAGAGAGGGAUUGGGACUUACAAUGCCCAAGGCAAUUCCAUUAGAGGCUAUCAUUAAACCUCGCCUUCCUCUCCACCUUUACUAGUCUUGAUUUUUUUUUUGGUGGGGAAUUGUGUGCGGGUUUAUAUGAUUCAAUGUGUUUGUGGAUUUGUGUGUUGGGUUUAUAUGAUCCACAUUGUCGUCUGUGUAUUUUAGGUAUAAGGAUGUUUGGUCUAUAUAAAUGAUCCAAGGUGUCAGAUGUAUUAAUGAAGUGGUAGUUUAAUUUAAUUGUGGUUAAUAAUGUUUAAGAGGUUGAAUUUAUUUGGUUGAAGUGUUGGAUUUUUAUU